CGUGUCGCUUGCUGCUCCUCAACUGCGAAUUUUAAGCUCACGCUAUAAUAGUCUCUCGGUGCUCUUAUAAUACGUAUAAGAUUCACGCGCGCGCACAAGUGCUAUCUUUCUACAACUUAAUCCGCUCGGGGAAGUCCGUACGUGCUUUCGUGAGUGCUCGGCGCCCACGCUGUCUGCGCUGCGACUUCUGCUCACUUGCACCUCUGCGCGAUAAAAAGGGACGGAGCGUGUUUACCUGUCAGUUUUUUAUCUACGGAGUUCACUAUAAUGAAGACUUGUGCGGCUUGCAAUGACACCGUAUUACAUAAUGAUUGCUUGGAAUGCACGCGAUGCAGUGAGGCUUAUCACUAUCUGUGCCUAAACUACACUGUGGAGGAGAUACAAUCUUUGGAUAAUGAGGUCAGGAAGUAUUGGCUUUGUCCUAAGUGCAAAAAUAAACAACCUAAAGGUGACAACUCCAAUAUGUUAGUGCGCCCGUCUACACCUACUGGAAUGGCCGAGGUAACAUUCAACGUGACACGCCGCAAGGCUCACAAUAGGCCGGAGUCAACACAAUCGUCUACAGGUUACGUCACACGUGCAGAUAUUAGGUUAAUUAUGCGAGAGGAGAUGCGCUCGGUGAUGAAUGAAUUCGCGGAUGACCUAAAAGGCACGAUGAACGUCAGGCUUCGUGAGGUGAGCGAUCAACUUGCCGAGGUUAGGACUUCUAUGGGAUUUUUAAGCGAUCAGUUUGAUUCUUUAAAGAGCGAUAUCGACAGUCAUGGCACGAAAAUAAAACAAUUAGAAACUGUCAACAAUGAGUUACGGUCUGAGUUAAUUACGUUAUCCAACCGAGUUCGUCAAAUGGAUCAAAUGUCUAGAUCUUCCAAUCUUGAGCUUCAAUGUGUGCCUGAACAUAGAUCUGAAAACGUAAUUUCUGUCAUUAAACAACUUGGGCAUGUAAUUAACCAUCCUAUCAAUGACUGCGACAUACUAUAUUGUUCCCGUAUUGCAAAGUCCAACCCGAACUCAUCGAGACCGCGAUCAAUUUUGGUCAAGUUCGCCACUCCCCGCACCAGGGACUCGGUGCUCGCCGCCUCAAUUCAAUACAACAAGACUCAUCAAAAAGAAAAAUUGAAUACUAGCGUACUGGGUCUGGACGAUAAGAGGUCGCCGGUGUACGUAGUUGAGAACUUGACCGUCGAAAAUAAAAGCCUUCACGCGGCGGCUAGACUUCGUGCAAAACAACUGUCCUUCAAAUAUGUAUGGGUGCGUGGCGGUCGAGUGUACGUGCGUAAAUCGGACACUUCAGAGGCUGUUUUCAUUCGCGACUUGGAUACAUUAAAUAAUCUUAAAUAAGUAGCUUUUAUUUUUCACCUAGUGUUGGUAUUCUUGUAUUUAAAUUCGAUAAUCAAAUAAAGUUAUAUUUUCAAAAUGUUAGAGGAUUACGUACCAAAACUAAUGAUUUUUAUUUUAAUAUGUUAACGUGCGAAUAUGACAUAAUUGUACUUUGUGAGACUUGGCUGGCCGGUGACAUACUGGAUUCUGAAUUGUUUUGUGACAGGUACCGGGUUUAUAGGCGCGAUCGCGAAUCUAGUGGAUUUCACUGCAACAAAUCGGGUGGAGGAGUUUUGAUAGCAGUGUCAAAGUGGUUAACAUCAAGUCGACAUCCGCAAUUCGAGAGCAAUUGUGAGGAUUUGUGGGUUAGUGUGGAUAUUUGUGUAGACAAUCAGAUAGAAAAGCUAAUGAUAUGCAGCGUAUAUUUACCACCACCUAUUCAAAAACACAUAAUUGAACACUUUUUCGACAACGUGAAUAGAAUAUCUGUAAACUUUAAAAAAACGUUAAUAUUAGGCGAUUUUAACUUGGGUGGUAUACACUGGCAUGGUCAGCCUGGGUCUCCUCUUACCGCAUCAAUUAGCCAUAAAAGUGUGUAUGAAAAUAUGCUAUCUGACUUUAUUGCUUAUCACGAUUUAAAUCAAUAUAACUGGAUCAAGAACAGUAAGGAUAGGAUAUUGGAUUUAAUUUUGUCUAAUAUGUCGGUGUCCGGUAUGCGCGUUAGUGAAACCCCUCUAACUAACAUCGAUACGUAUCACCCACCAUUGGAAUGCGAGUUACAAUGUAGCACUUCACUCUGUGUUCUCACUAAACAAGAACCUAGGUUUAAAUUUUAUAAAGCAGACUACUCUAAAAUAAUUGCCGCAUUAAUGGAAAUACAGUGGCAUGAUUUGUUCUCGCAGUAUUCUAGUAUUGACACAAUGGUAUCUGCAUUUUAUAAUAUUAUCAAUGACAUUAUUAGGAAACAUGUUCCAUUGUCUAAGUCUAACUCAGAUAAAUACCCAAGGUGGUACAGUAAGUGUUUAAUUAAUGCUCUCCGUGAAAAGAAUAAAUAUCGUAAGCUUUUUUCCAAAUAUUUGAAUCCGCUAGAUGACUUAACAUAUCGUUUACUUAAGAAGAGAUGUACACAACUCACACGUAUGAAUUAUAAAAAAUACAUUGCAUCGAUCGAGUCCUCUUUAACUGCAAACCCUAAACUGUUUUGGUCUUUUUUAAAACAAAAACGUAAUGGCCUCAGUUCGUAUCCCUCGAGCAUGCACUAUGGUAACCAAAUUGCAACUCAAAGAUCUGAUAUAUGUGAAUUUUUCGCUUCGUGUUUUUCCGAUGUAUAUGAAAAUAGCGAUAAGCUCGAUACUUUGCGACCAACUAUCCCUGACAAUCCUGAUUCACAUUGCUUAAAUAGCAUAUCUUUUUCGAAAGAUGCCGUUGAAAGGGUUUUAAAAAGACUUGACCCACAUAAGGGAGCAGGGUCAGAUGGUAUACCCCCUAUAUUUGUUACUCAUUGUAGUGAAUACUUAGCUGAACCUCUAAGCAUAAUUUUUAACUUUUCUGUUUCUACAGGCCAGUUCCCAUCUGCAUGGAAGGAGGCGCUAGUUAUUCCUAUACACAAAUCGGGUGACAAGUCAGCAGUAAAAAACUAUCGUCCUGUUUCUAUCUUGCCUGUAUUUGGAAAGGUUUUUGAGGUUUUGAUUCAUCCCAUUUUAUAUUGGCACGUAAAAAACACUCUCAUACCUGAGCAACAUGGCUUCAUGAAAGCCAGAUCAACCUCAACAAAUUUAGUCUGUUUCAUGUCUGACUUGGUUGAAUCGGUGGAUCGUGGCACUCCUGUUGACGUUAUAUACACGGACUUCAGCAAGGCGUUUGACAAGGUGGACCAUCAAAUCCUUGUUGACAAGCUUUAUCACUUUGGUAUCACAGGAAACUUGCUGAACUGGUGUGCAUCUUACCUCGUCGGCAGGUUGUCGAGAGUUGUGAUCGACGGAUUCGCAUCUGAUAGGUUUUUGGCAUCAUCAGGAGUGCCCCAGGGUUCCCACUUAGGUCCCUUAUUUUUUAACAUUUUCAUCAAUGACGUUCACUCAUGCUUUCAUAACUCACAAAUACAUUUAUAUGCUGACGAUCUCAAAAUUACAGUUCGCUUGGAGAACGUUAAUGACUGGCGCCUCCUCCAGGAUGACCUGAAUCGCUUUGCGCGGUGGUGUAAUAUAAAUAAAAUAAAAUUAAAUGCUGAUAAAUGCAACUUCGUACAUUUUUCGCGUAAUAAGAAUCAAUAUUUUAAUUCAUAUAAUAUAGACAACCAAGUGAUACGAGAAGUUGAUGUCAUUCGAGACCUUGGAGUCUACAUUGAUAAUAAACUGCGUUUUCACGUGCAUAUCGAUAAAAUAGUCACAAGAGGCUUUAGGUUGCUGGGUUUCAUACUUAGAAAUUGUCGGGAUUUCAGAAAGGCAUCGAGCAAAAUUGCUGUUUUCAACUCACUGGUUCGGUCGGGAUUAGAGUAUGGUAGUGUCGUUUGGACUCCUUUUUAUGAAAUACAUAAACGCAGAGU